AUGUGUGGAGAUUGGGUUGCCAAGAGAAGUAUGAUAGAUGCUGUAAGUUGUGGAGCACUUGGUGACAUGACCCUAGCUGAAGUUAGGCACUUGAUAAAAAAGAUGGCCUCCAACUCUCAACAAUUUAGUACUAGAAACGAUAAUGCAAUUGUCAUCAGAGGAGUUCAUAAUGUGGCCACUGAUGCAGAUAAAAAGUUGGAGAGUAAACUUGAUGCAUUGGUCAACUCUGGAGUAAAUGAGCAUCCAGAGGCAUAUGCUGCAAAUAUUUAUAAUAGACCUCAUGUCCAACAACAACAACAGCAGAGUUAUGACUUCUCCAACAAUAAGUACAAUCCAAGUUGGAGAAAUCAUCCUAAUCUCAGAUGGUCCAACCAACAACAACAACAACCAUCCCUUUUAUUCCAGAAUACUCCUGGUCCUAGCAGAUAUGUGCCUCCUCCUGUCCAACAGCAGCAACAGAGACAACAUGAUGUUCCUGCACCUCCUCCAACUCAACCUUCUACUUUUUAUUCUUCAUUGGAGGAGUUGGUGAGCCAGAUGACCAUUCAGAACAUGCAGUUUCAGCAAGAGACUAGAGCCUUGAUAUCCAUGUCGUUAUGGAAAUCAAAUAAUUCCAGAAACUUGAAUCGGUGCAACGAACCUAGCCGAGCAUCUUCAUCAUCCUUGCUUCACAAAUCUGUGUUCAAGUCUGAGAAGAAGUUCGUCCAAGAAUUUCAAGAAGCAGAAACAUCUGGAGUAAAUGAGCAUCCAGAGGCAUAUGCUGCAAAUAUUUAUAAUAGACCUCAUGUCCAACAACAACAACAGCAGAGUUAUGACUUCUCCAACAAUAAGUACAAUCCAAGUUGGAGAAAUCAUCCUAAUCUCAGAUGGUCCAACCAACAACAACAACAACCAUCCCUUUUAUUCCAGAAUACUCCUGGUCCUAGCAGAUAUGUGCCUCCUCCUGUCCAACAGCAGCAACAGAGACAACAUGAUGUUCCUGCACCUCCUCCAACUCAACCUUCUACUUUUUAUUCUUCAUUGGAGGAGUUGGUGAGCCAGAUGACCAUUCAGAACAUGCAGUUUCAGCAAGAGACUAGAGCCUUGAUAUCCAUGUCGUUAUGGAAAUCAAAUAAUUCCAGGUCCUCCGAAUUAAAAUGUAAUGUAGUGAGCUAA